AUGGACCUUCACCGCCCCUUCAAGAUGGACAGCCCCUCCUACCUGCCAGCUCCACUGGCCUCCCCUGCCCUCAUGGUCCUCGCCUCCACCGCCGAGGCCAGCCGGGAUGCCUCCGUCCCCUGCCAGGCGCCCAGGCCCUUCGGCAUCCCUGCUUCCAUGGAGAAGGAUCUCCACCUCCCCUUCCCCUCAGCCUCCUACACAUUCACCUCCAUGUACCAGCGCCAGGUUCCCAUGUCAGGCACCUUCUCCACCCGAGACUUCCCGGCCUCCCUAAUCCACCUGCACCCUCAGUUCACCCCACCAAACCUGGACUGCUCCACGCUCGGCAUGCUCAACCACAGCGGCGUGGGCGCCUUCCGACCUUUCUCCUCCCCGCAAGAGGAGAGGGAGUGCGGCGUUUACCAGUCCGCUUUCACCCCGGCCAAGAGGCUGAAGAGCUGCUUCCCAGACGUGGAGGGGAAGGAGUUUGACUUUGGCUCGUUGGGCGGCUGCCUCAAAGCCGGGGAGGACUCAGGGAGGAAGCUGUUCUCCAUGUCGGGCCUGCUGUCUGAUGGAGAGGCCUCAUCGAGCCCGGAGGAGCGCAAAGAGCACAAUAAGGUGAAGGGUCUGUACGACGCUCAGGCCCCAAUGUGUCCCGUGUGCCAAGCUGUUCUCCGACCUUGCGAGCUGCAGGAACACAUGGAGCAGGAGUUAACCAAACUGGCCCAGCAACAAAUCAGUGCCGCUCCCGUGCAGCACAGCCUCCUGGUACGAGCCCCAAAGUCUCUCUCUCUCUCUCUGCACAUAAAGCGUGAAGGAUGUUCUCCCACGUCUCCCCCUCGACCGGCCGAGGACGCUCACUCUGACCGAUACCAGACGUUUCUCCGUGUGCGGGCCAACAGACACACAAGACUGAAUGUCGAUGACCUCUGCUGGUGCAGGUGCUACGUCAAAUCUGCCCCAUUACGCCCUCACAGCGCAGGAGCCCACCUAGACUGCAUACAAGCUGUCAGGAUUGGAAAGCUGAAGAGGAGGAAACCAGAGGACGGACAUGAGGGUUCACUGGACCUGGCGCCAUUGGAGAAUGAGUGGAACGAGAGGAGAAGGAUACCGAUGUCGUCUAUGGUUGGAGGGUUUAAAGGUGCGAUGCUGGUGAGCACUACUUCCAAGGAGUGUCGAGACAGUGACGCAGACCUGGACGUGGAUGGAGACGAUACUCUGGAGUACGGCAGAGCACAAUACACAGAGGCAGACGUCAUCCCCUGCUCAGGAGAAAGCUCCAAAGAGACGACAGUGAACAUACUACCUGAUUCCAGAGUAAACCUUGGCUAUUCCAAAUGGUUAAAUGAUGGGAGUCCAUCUACCAGCAGUGGAGAGAAAGGGGACAGCAGCCUCGCAGUUCUGCCCAAAACCUGCAAAAACACUGACAUAGAAAUGCUCUCGGAAGACUCCACACUGACAACCCUGGAUGCACUUAAAGCUCGGAUACGGGAUUUGGAGAAACAGUUGUCUAAAGGAGACAGAUUUAAAUGCCUCAUCUGCAUGGACACGUACACGACGCCGCUCACCUCCAUCCAGUGCUGGCACGUUCACUGUGAGGAGUGUUGGCUUCGUACGCUGGGAGCGAAGAAGUUGUGUCCUCAGUGCAACACCAUCACCUCACCUGGAGACCUGAGACGGGUCUUCCUGUGA